AUUGCGUGAAGGUUUCAACUUAUUGAUUAUUGUAAUUACAUUCCGAGGUCAGGGAAAAUCUGCAUACGACUAUGUGGACUAUCUUCCUGAUCCUUCUGUUGUUUUGACGGUGUGGGAAGGAUAAUUUCUCGACUUUCAGUGACUCACAGAAAAGAUGUGUUUGCUGUUUUGGGAAAUUUUGCUGUCUCUUAUUCUACUUGUAACUUCAAACACAGGUAAGAACUGAUAUCUUUUAUGCAUCAAAAUAAGCACGAUUUCUACAACAUAUGGAUAUCUCUCGAUAACAAAUGUUGAGCAGAAGCGCUUAGCGGAUAUCAGAGAAAUUAAAAAAUUGGAUUUAGGAUCAAAAGAAACGAAGUACUUAUUAGCACGUUUCGUUCCAAGCAAAUUCAUGAAAUAAUAUAAGUUAACUUUAACCAAAACUGCAGACGAAGAUUUUCUAUUCUCUUGCGAUUUUCAACUGUUUCCGGCAUUAUUUCAAAAAUAUAAAAGAUUUAUUCUUGUGAUCCACAUUACAGACUGAAUAAUAUUUACGAUUUAUCGCUGAGCGUUUAAUCAAGCAAGACCAGCUAAAAGUUGAGGUCUUUUAAUUUGCACGUCAGAAUUAACGAUCUAAAAUUAUGGUUAAAAAGGAGAAGCUUGUCUCGCUGUACUCUCCAUCCAAACUCCUUAUUCGCAGUGCAAGUCUUUAGUGAUUUUAAUUUUUAUACUUACUGAAUAUGAAAUAAUCAAAUCAUUUCAUAGUCGGCUCGUUUCUAACAUCUUUUACAGUCGUUACAAAUAGAAAUGGAAAAUUGAGGGAUAAUUUCUCCUUUUUUAAAGUACCUAAGUAAUACUAUAUUCACUUAAGAAAACAGUUUUAAUUUAGCAUCAUUAUUGAUUCCAGUUUUAUCCAUUAAUUCGAAACUUUCAAAACAUUGCCCUGGGGGAUUAAGAAAACCCGAAGCCUGAGCUAUUAUUUAUUUAUUAUUUGUUAAGGCGGCUUUCUAGCUAAUUAAACGGGUUAAGCGAUGAUAAGUUGCGUUCCAUAAUAACUGAACCGCACAGGCCAACAUGUUAUCAAACUUUUACUGCUUCCUCACUUGUCAUCUCUCGGACUGGCGGAAUGAUCUGGAAGCUGUGAGUUCUCCUCCCUUUUUGCCUGGAAGCGAUAACAUUUUGAGCUCGACAUGUGUGCAUGGCCACAAACCUUUUUUUCUUUUUAACCACUUGAUUUUGAAGAGACAGCUCGCUCAAAUUUCGUCAUGGCAACUGAAACACAUGACGUCGUCUGUUAGGUCUCUACUUAAAGACCUUACUACUCACUUCCAGUAAAGGAGAUUCCAUUAAAAUCAAUAAAUAAUAAUAAUAAUAAUAAUAAUAAUAAUAAUGAUAAUAAUAAACAAUUGCUAUUCAAACGUUCAAAUUUCAGCCUCUAUAAACCAUCGUUUUAGUCAAUCAUCCGUUAGUUUUCGGGAAAGUUUAUACGAAUACGACAAAAAAAAAGUCGCCGUUCUUUAUACGCCAGACAGAUUUCUUUUGACACCCCAGCGGAAAUCUUAGAUUUUUCUCGAUUUAAAAGAUGUUUUUGUUUUUCGGGUGCCUUCCCUUGAUUCUUACUCAGUUGUUAUUCCGUCAACAUCGAUAUCAGAUUCAUGAACAUGUAAGAGAAGAUAACCUAUAGUUUAUUUACGUGUCAGUCUACAGCAUUAAAAAAAACUACUAAAUUGAGACACUAGAAUAAAGAUAACCUUCCGAUAACGAUAAUAUAAGUAAUAGCAAUGGUGAUUAUUAAUAGCUCGUACGUUUAAAUUCACACAAAUUUGAAGUUAUGAUAAUGAAAAUUAUACGCACCGCAAGAGGUUAUAAAAGCUGUCCAUAAAUUACGUAAACGUUGCAAGCUAUGCAGAGGCAAUUCUGGUAACCUUUUUUUCUUUACGAACAAUGCAGCUUUUAAUAGAAGAGAGGUUGUUUUAAAGAGCUGCUACUGCAUUUUUUGCCAAUAUGACAACCUCCGAGCUGAUGGUCGUGAGCAUUGUCGACAUGAGAAUGAGUAGGAUCUUCAUGGACAAUUCUCCAUUUAGGGAAAAUCACGUAUCUUGCUCUGAAGUCAGGUGAGAAUUUCAAGAAGAAUGCCUACGGCGCAGACACUCACUCAAUCCGUUUUCAGGUGAACCCCCCGCCCGAUCCUUGAGUCAUCUAUGGCAAACCCCAGGCGUGUUCUAGAAAGCUCUACAAGCUGUUAUUUUGAAAACAGACACAAAGUCAUAGAAAUACAUUUGAUGAGUCGCUCGGCUACUGCUUAAUUAAUAUAUUAUAAAUGUGCGGCUGUUUUAGGCUUUCGCGCGUGGUACUUAGAUGAUAGACAAAACAAACCAACCUUAUUGUGGGCUGAUCUCAAGCUCUUGACAUAUAUUAGCCUUUAAAACGAAAUAAACAGUAAAACUGAAAAAGCCAUAUUGUUUAGAAGAUUUUAUGCAAAUGUUUAAAAAGUACUUCAACUGCGUAGGAUUUUAAGAAGUGCUAAAAUAAAUGACGGGCCGCGUAUAACAACUUAGAAAAUUGGCUCGGACAAAGGAGUCAGUCAAUCUUUUCCUCAUAUAAACGCUCGCUAAAGUUGCCUCGGUUAGGAGGAUGACACUUUCCCGGGACGACCUUUCUUCAUAAAAAGGGGGCUCAUAACUAUCGAAAUAAUAAAUUGUUGAAAAUACAUUUCCAACAGAGUAAUUAAAAAUUAACUAUAAGACGAAAAUGUCUAUAUGUCUAAUGUUUGCUGCAAUUUGUAACAACCGUCGUCGUUCGUGUAAUAAUUUUUAUUAAAAAUUGCGACAGUUAUUACAUAGUGCUGUCACGAUUAUUACAAAUUGCGCGACGGUACAAUAUGGCUUGAUAUUUCAAAGAAUAAUUUCACCGGUGGCUAAAUCGGCUUUUGUUUCUUAAUUAACUCAAGCCCUAUCGCACACUUCGUGUUACUGAGUCUAGGUCGCAUACAGACAGUGCCAACAGUAGUUUAGACUCUCAGAUUCAGUAUUUUUCAACUAAAAUCGUAAAGUAAAAAUUAUGGCGCCAAUUGGUGCGAUGUCAGAGCACAAAACACCGCGAGAGAAAUUGCUCAGCAGCGUUCAGUCAACAGAGAUCAUUCAUUUUAUCUAAGAUUUCGCUCAAAAUAUCAGUUAAUACCCUGGGUUCGAGAGGAUAUUUUUUUCUUAUCGAUACUGAUGGUUCGCGGCAAAGCGACCUUAUCAAACGUAAGCACGAUUUAUUUCAUAUUAAGUAUUUUGAGAACGGACCUCUGGGGCUAGGGUAGUCAUAACCUGAGAUCAGGAGUUAUUUUUUUUUUUACUUCUUUGUUUCUUUGGCUCGAGAGGGAAAAAAAUUAACGCCCUCUUCCCGUGAGAGACAUAAAGGGAUAAUAGGGAGAGGGCAUGAUCUCAGGCUAGGGUAGUCAAUAUGAAGGGGAAGUCUUGAAACAGGGGCACCCAACGUCCAACGUCAGUUUUUCGGAAAAUAUCUGUUCAGAAGAUGAUUUUAGAUGUAGAAUUUUCGGAAAAUUUUUUAUAAAAUUUCCUGCUUGCCUGCCUCUCCUAGGAUUUUCGAACAUCUAAAAAAUGGUAUAAUAGCCCAUUUUUAACGGAUUUUUGCCCUAAAAAGGUCACCUAGAAUUUUCGGGAGCCUUUUUUCUGGCUAAAAUUUUCGAAAAGAUAAGUUUUUAUGCCCAUUAUUUUCGGAUCACUUGACUUUCAGCUAGGAAAUCCGAACAGAUGAAAAAUUUUUAAGGGAUAAAAAUAUGCCUAUAUCUAUCGUUUAAAUACUAAAAUACGUCUAACAAUGCUAGGUUAAGUGGUUUUGAACUAUAUUCUCGUUGGGUGUGGGUGCCCCUGUUAAAAGGGGAUGAAAAAAAAAAAGAAAAAGAAAAUAAAAGCCAAGCGAACAUAUAAGUGCUGUAAAUAUCCCUCGCAAAAGAAAAAUGAAAACUUCCCUCAGGCUUCCAGGUGUAUAUAAUAAUACUGGUAAUCUGUUAUCGAUUAAAUGUUUAAAUUCAAGUUUUAGUUGUAGCCUACCUGUAAAAAAGUUUAUUUUUCACACUGACAUUCCAUGUUCGCAACUUCAACGCGCUCCAUAUAGGUGUAUUCAGACUAUUUGACAUGAAACUCGGAGUUACUCUUAAUUGCUUCUUCGGGUACCUUUUUGCUCAAUAUUUCCUACUGAGUCUAAAUUUUAUGUCUCAUUUCUAGUAUAUUUUGAUGAGAAAGUUAAUAUAUUGUUUUAGCCGGUAUUCAAGUCUGAGACGCACUAAAUUUACCUCUUUGGACAAUGCUUUGGGAAGACAAAUAAACAUUCAAAUAAAACGUAAGCAGUCUAAAAGAAGAAGACUUAAGCAUACUUAUACCUGAAAAAUGUCUUUCGUUAUUCCAGUCCUACGUAAUUCUCGCCUCCGUUUGCUCUAUUGAAGGUAAACAUCGAUGUUUUAAACUGAAGCAGGACGGACAUGUCUAACAUCUAACAGCAUGACAUACACUGUACUCGACUGCUGUUAGUUACAGGUUUCUUUCUUGCGACAAUGUAGGCAGAAUUUUAAGUUAAUUUAUCUUCGCGUGUUAUUAAAAAUGUCACAGUGGUGCGUCAACAGUCUCAAGCUAUUAACUGAAGAUUACUAUCCAAUUGUCAUGAACAUAAUUACAGUUACAAUUAACUACAUGUAGGUAUGCCCCAAUUAUAAAACUAGCUGCGUUUUCUCAUUAAGAGUGAAAAAAAGAUUAUUAGUACCCCAGUUUAACUACUAGCUUUGUUUACAACUUAGCGUCACCUGUUCCUAUAAGAAAUUUAGAAGGACGUUUAAGUGAUCGUCCUGCUUCAAGGCCUUUUUAGGUUCUUUGCUGGCUUAUUCUCUUCAUCCAGUUUAGGCUGCGGUGACUUCAAAGGCUUGACGCGACAGGCGGAGCUUCCUUUUCUCCUCCUUUUUCAAGUAGACAAAAGGUAGCUCUACUUGCAGGGUGUAAGGAAAGAUGGUUUGCCACACAAUUUGUUACUCUCACUCUCACUUUGAUAUCGCCCUAUUUAACCCUUUCACAGCCAAAUGUGGCCAAAGGUAAAUUUCGACCAAAGUUCCAAAAUUUAUUUUCUAAAAUUUUGAGAAACAAAUGGCAUCAUGUGAAAGUACAGGCAGAGAAUUUUCUUUUGAAUGGUCACAUCAUAGGAUUAUCAAAAGUUGGAGUCACCUCACAAAACUCCAUCAAACACUCUGGCAGUGAAAGGGUUAACGGGAUCCGGAUUUUGGAAUCCGGGAAAUUGUUGCUUGUAGAGUCAGGAAUCGUGAGAUUUGGAAUCCGGAAUACAGCUCAUUAGGAAUCCGGAAUCCCACUAUGAUUGGAAUCCGGAGAAUCCAAGUUCCACUUUAAAAGGUCGGAAUCCAUAACUGGAAUCCGGAAUCUAUGGCGUGGAAUUUAGAAUCCAAGACUGUCUUGGAUUUCCUUUCAUGACGCGCUUGAUAAAACAGUUUCUCUCGUGUUUGAUAAUGUGUUUUCCCCAUUUAGAGGUCGACCCAUGCCAGUCGUACAAAGAGUUGCGAGAGUUUCAGCGCUCACAGUAUUACAGACUUUCUGGACUAGAAUACGCCAAAUGUGACAGUCAAUUGCCCACGAACUGGUACAGAUUUAGAGGAAGGGCUGGGCUAGGAAUGCCUGAUUACUGCAUCAAGACGGGGUCCUGUGGCACACAUGCCCCUGGAUGGUUCCAGGGAACUUACCCAACGGUUCCAGGUGCUGUUUCAUCCGGGAGAGUGUGCUUCAGUUGGUGGAUUAAAGGAUGCUGUUACUGGUACAUGGAUAUUAAAGUGAAAAAGUGCAGUGACUUUUACAUUUAUCAGCUGCCAGAGACGCAGGGAUGCGACCUUUAUUACUGCGGAGACGGUGCACCAGGUAAAGACAACUUAUUUAGAAAAAAAAAAUUAAACGAAGUUAUAGUUAUUCAUUCAAAAUAUUUCGCCGUUUCUGAUUGGCUCGCACCAAUCUCCCGGUUAAUUCUUCAUAACCAGCUGGCGCGCACUCAGUGACCAUGGAAGAAGAAGGCCAAAAUCAAUCGUUACGACGGUAUAUUGCCCUAAUAUAACUAGUAACCAGUUUGUUUCGGGUUCCAAUUGUGUCGACAGAUUUCACGGUUACAUAAAGGCGAAAUAGCCGAAUUUCUCUGACUAAAACUGCGGAGUAAAAGCAAGAAUAUGACAAAUUGCUCGAUGGAUGUCAUCUACAUUUUCAAGAGUAUCUGCAAGAAAAACAUCUGUUUAUAUCCUGAAACAGUGGCAAGAAAUGUUUUGAAGAAAGUCUGCGAGAAGGCAAGGUUGUUAACUUAGAGAUAUAACAUUUUCAAUCGGAAACUGUCAUCCACCUCAGUCAACAUUCUCCUCGAUCUGCAUAAUUCUUCAUAUCAUACUCAGGGCCUCAUUCAACAAUUUUAAACAAUACUGGUGUUAAAAAUAAAGCAACUGUAUGGUGUAUUUCGGAAAUUCGUUGUUUCACCUUUCAGGAACUUUGCCGGUUAGCUCGCUUUUCUCUUUCUGUUCACAUUUUUAAAAGACCCGCGAGUUUUGUCUUCAGAACCACUAGGGCUGCUCAUAAGAAAUGGAGAGGUUUAAGCAGGACGGUGAACCUGUUUUGUUGGAAGUCACCGAGAAGAAUUUUGCUUUGUUAGUUCUCAGGAAUAGUUAAGCGAGUAAUAUACGAAAGCACUUGUGCAACUUUUACUCGCGCUUGAGUCAGCGUACAUCUACAGCUUCACUAGUCCUGAGAAAAUUCAUGAAGGAAUUAUUAGUAGUCUAACCUUCUGGGUAUGUUCAAAGGUAAGUUCGGUUUAAUCAAACUAAUCAUUAGAACAACGCCAGUUAAAGAAUAUUGGCCAAACAUUCGGCGAAGUCGGGCACCAUAAGACCACUCAAUCGCUUUACCUUAGCUUCAGUAAGUGUACGUACUCCUUUUGUAAUUUUUCUCAUUAGAUCCGGAGUGUACAGCUGACAACAAUGACAUCAGUAUCAAUGGCUCAGUCUCAGGCUCUUUAUCGAGUCCUAAUUUGACCAAUGUAUAUCCCAGCAGUCUGCAGUGCACGUGGCGUAUAACCGCGCCCGCAGGCAUGAGAGUGAGGCUUAUAUUAAAGAACGUGACAUUUGGUGCCAACGACAUCAUAGUGUUCCGUGAUGGACUGCAAAAUAAUAGUAUAGAACUUGUCAAAUACACCGAUUGUGCAGCGGGCGAACUGAAGCUCUAUUCAACAGGUCGAUACGCCCUCGUGAGGUUCCUUUAUAACGGAAGUGACGUCGCUAGUGGCUUUCGAUUGGAUUAUGAAGGGGUUCAGUCAAGUAAGUGUUAAACACAUAAAUUUUUUUCGUUGCAAAUAACUCCACUGGAUUUCUACUUACGAAAACAUUUUUUUGUUCGUUCAUAACUCUGUUUUGUGAUUAUGCCUUGUAAGUAAAACGCCUAUAGAAACAUGUUUGAACAAACUAUUUUUAAACACAAUGAGGUAAGCUGGGUAGUAUGUCACAACAAUUACUUCUUAACUCCUGGGCAAAAAUUAAUCUAAAUGGAUUGGAAUCGUAGGCUCAAAUAAAUCUUAAGCGUUAUAAUACCUAGGACCCGCACUGAGUACUCUAUCUAGCAAGAACUACUAUUGCAGCUGCGUCGUAAGGUGUCUCCGCAUUGGUUGCAGAAAACAAUAGCACAACAUUUUUUAUUAUUUAUUUCGGUGAGGAGACCUGCUAUAUGACUGAAGCAAGAAAGAGAUCUCUGUUUUGGCUAAAAGAGAAACAGUUUAAAAGGGCUUUUAUUCUUUUUACUUUCAGAAUCAAUAGAAGAGAACACAACAACUUUACCGCAAUGUAAAAAAGCCAGCAUCAAGCCAGGUAACUUAUUUUCAAACAUUGAUUUACUGAAAGUAAAUUAAAAUAAUAAAAAAUGUCAAAUUUUGUUCUAUAAUUUCUGUGGACAUUUGGAGACUCCGUGGUCUUCCGAAUACAUCGAUCAAACUGCCCACAAGUACAGCAAGUGUCUCUAGUAAAACAACGUUUUUCUCUACUGCGCAUGAGCAGGCCAUUUCUCCAAAGGUAAUUAUAUGCGGGUGACGUCAUAAUUAUUUCUAGACCAAUCAAACGUUGACAAAAAUUUAGUGAAUGGUUUCUAUUGCUUUCUACUUUUGAGUUACAUCCUGUUAUCGCUAUUGUUAAUGGACAUUUUUACGUUUGUUUUCCUUAUCCAGUUUUAAUUAACUUUUAAGGCAAAGAAAAACUGCUCAGUGCUGUGUUUUUUGCCAAUGAGAAUUUAUAAAAACCAACUGACCCUCUAAAAUAAACCGUAUCAGAAACUAAGACGAAAAGAAAUAAGGCGCUUCGAUUAAUCACGGUUACACGAAUAACACGAUUUGCCAUUUGUUUAAUCAGAUCCCAACUGUACAUCCGACAACAGUGACAUCAGAAUCGACGGCUCAGUCCCAGGCUCUUUAUCGAGUCCCAAUUUGACCGGCUUGUAUCCCAGCAGUCUGCAGUGCACGUGGCGUAUAACCGCGCCUGCAGGCAUGAGAGUGAGGCUCAUAUUGAAGAACUUAACGUUAGGUGCCAAUGACUUCAUGCUGUUCCGUGAUGGACCUCAAGAUAAUAGCUCACAAAUUGUUAAAUACACCGAUUGUGCAGCAGGCGAACUUAAGCUGUAUUCAACUAAUCGAUACGCGCUGGUGAGGUUUGUCUCUAAUGGGAGUGAAGCGGUUAGUUACUUUCGAUUGGAUUAUGAAAGUGUUUCGUCAGGUAAGAAGAAAAAAAGAUAACGCCAUUUUCUAGUGAUUUACUUUUCGUUAUUGUCUUGGCUACUAGUUGAAAUUUACCUAGUUUGUUUAUGCCCUUAAGUUGAAGAAUGUGUAAAACUAUAAUAACACAGCUGUAAUGCAAUUGAGCCCUUAAUGUCUCCUGCUAUGCCACAGCAAAUAUUUUGUUACCUUCUUGUGAAACAUUGGACUAAACGUUUUUUUUUUUUUUAAUGAACUCUUUUCAUUUUGAAACUUUACUUGAUUGUUAAAUGAAAAUAACAUUGAUAACAUUACUUAAGGUCUUACAUGGCUCUAUGAAGCAAGAAUUAGGCAGCUUUCUGGUAAAAGAUAAAACUAUUUCUUUAUUCAAGUGGAGUUUUAAUUUUUUUUUAGAAUCAAUAGAAGAAAACAUAACGUCUUCACCACAAUGUAAAGCGGCCACUAACAAACCAGGUAAAUAUAUUUCCAUAAAUUAAUUACCUCUGAAAACAAAUUAAGAUAUUAAAAUUAUCAUAUUUUACCCAGAAAUUAUCUUGUCCCAAACGAUCCCCAAGUGAUUCUUAUAGUAGCAAGGAGGUAAAUUGCAUCCCAUCCCAAUGGUAAAUCCCGAUGCAAUGGAUGUAUGAGCAAGCAAAUAGUAGUAGGCUUUUUUUAACAUCUCGGGAUAUUGUCCCCCUCCCGAUCCAUGGACCAAUCUGCGCACGCGCAGAGUGUUAUAUAUACAACCUUAGAGACCACUUCUGUCCAUAGAACCUUUCAAACGAACACGCCUCCAUGAGCCUUUGCUACCUUUGUCCAGCGAAACGGAUCGUUGGUGCUAUACGAAAGUAUCGCAGCCUCUGGGAACGAGAUUACUAAUCCAAAAUUCAGAAAAAAAUUGUAAUCAUUACGAUGCCAUAAAGACUUUUACACGUUGCUAUUGAUAUCAUCCCAUCAAUGUUUACUCAGAUCCCAACUGUACGGUUGACAACAAUGACAUCAGAAUCGACGGCUCAGUCCCAGGCUCUUUAUCGAGUCCCAAUUUGACUGGCUUGUAUCCCAGCAGUCUUCAGUGCACUUGGCGUAUAACCGCGCCUGCAGGCAUGAGAGUGGGGCUUAUAUUGAAGAACGUGACGUUUGGCGCCAACGACUUCUUAGAGUUCCGUGACGGGCUGCAAGAUAAUAGCUCAAGAAUUGUUAAAUACGCCGAUUGUGCGGCAGGCGAGCUUAAACUUCAUUCGACUAAUCGAUACGCACUCGUGAGGUUCGUCUCUAAGGGAAGUGAAGCGGCUAGUAGCUUCCGAUUGGAUUAUGAAAGUGUUCAGUCAGGUAGGUAGAAAGGAAUGUUUUGUUGUUUUUAGUUUUGUUUAUUUCUCGUUAAUAUGUGGUUUAUUACAGCUUAACAGCUUCAAAAAUUCAGGGCAUUCUUUUUAUCAUAAUGAAGAACAUUAUUAAGAUGGGCAUGAUUAAUAAUUUAGUGAGAGAAACGAUAAAAGAACCCAUCUUUCUUCUUAUUAUCUUCACGUUGUUGUAGACCAGCACCCUACAACAGGAUGCUUGUUUGCACGUGAUGUCACGGCGGCCAUGUUGGUGGUCAAGGACAAAUCCUUUUCUGUCCUCCGGGAACUAAAACCCGUUUUCAUGUAAAUUUUUCGAAAAGAAUUUUAUUGCGUUUACCAUCAACAUGGCCGCCUUGUCACGUGGUUGCAAACCAAGCAAAAACAUAAUCAAGGGCCGAACAUUGGGUUGUGUGUGAUGUUAGCUUCGUUAUCGAUGGGACUAAAUGGUAACACGAAAAGAGGCUAGCACUCGUCAGUUUUUGAAUAUUUUUAGGAAUGCAAACUCACUUAAUCAACUUAGUUAACAAAACCAAAUUUAUUGUGUUAAUUCAACCAAGUUAUGAAAAAUAGGGAACGCAUGUAUUUGCCCUUUAAUGCCGAUCGCGAGGCAAAUGAAAGGCAUUCAUUCGCUUAGAACCAAUAGGAAGAGAAAGUAACUCAAAGAUUGAUAGUUGCGCAUUUUUUCUUUGAACUGGCAGACGAAACCGCAACGGCUUUACCUGAAUGUACAAGACCAAACAGCCAACCAGGUAUUCUUAUAUGUCCUUUAUGAAACUGCGUUAUACAAUUGCAGUCCUGACUUAAUCGACCACAAUAUAGAAAGAAUCUAGGACAAGCUCCUAACUAAGUGAAAGCCAAUUAAUCGUGGUCUUUUUGUUUAAAAGCAUCAUCCCGGUGCUGGCCUUUGAAAUUAUGAGUAGAUAUUUUUGGCACAAUGGGAUGCACCUUCCAGUAAGUCACAUGUCCAUGUGCCGAAGGUCUUCAUCUGACGACUUCCGAACAUAACUGAAGAUUCCCGAAGAUUUUCAAAGGUUGCCAAAAGUAGUGGUGCGAAGCACCAAAUCUUGGCGCCACCUUGCCGAGAUAAAGAACAUUUAUCCUUGACGAGAUUACCGAGGAGAGGUAACGCCCGUAGACCAUUGAUAACUGGAAAUAACUAAUCAUCUUUCUUUGCGUUUCUGAUGUAAUCAUAAUUACCCAUGGUAGCUAAAUUUAAAAAAAAGGACAACCUCUCUGUGCAUUACCAGGCCUGUAAUUAAACAAGCGAAACCUCCAGCGCUUUGUUUCAGGGGUUUCCUAGUCUUUUUCUCACCAACUCAAUUAAAUUUCACAAGGGAUGUUACAUUACAUCUUAUCAUAUGCAAGCUAAUUAAUUACUGUUUUCUAGUAUCCCCAGACGAGUAUGCUAUGGCAGUGAAAUGUGAUAAACAUGAAAUAAAUGUCGUAUUGCACACCAACGGCCCGUCAAGUCACUACCCUAGAAGUGUUUACCUUAACGACCCAACCUGCAAGCCUAUAUACCAGAACAGCACUCAUAUAUUUGUUAAAUCCAGGCUGGGAGAUUGCGGUACAAGAUCUAAUGUUUCGAAAGAUGGAAAAUGGAUUUUGUAUCGUAACGCUAUUCAUAUAGAUUCAGAGAAACACCAACCCAUUGGUUCGCACGUGACACGUGACCAACAGAUGGCUUUUGAGUUCCGGUGUAGUUAUAGGAGAAGGACAUUGGUGUCUGCAGUUUCAUUCAACGCAUCAAAAGUAGUCGUCAUUAACGUCGGUAAGAUGUUUGUUCUUUGUAGUUUUUCUUAGUGUAGCAUGAUAGGAGGCCCUGAGAAUCUCGAGACGCAUCAAGUUGAAGCUGCGAGGGAAGUAAGGCGCUUGGGCCAGUUUCGCGAAACGCUAGGGCCUAAAUUUGGCGUCAAGUGCUCGCAUAGCCUGAGAAAACAGCCGACAUUUGGUCGUGCCUCGUGGGAAAUUUGAUUCAACCAAUCAGAAGCUCUACCCAGAUCUGGGUAGUGACGCGUCAUCAGUAUGGAAUUUCUGCACUCGUUUCUCAGACGUCAUUUGGCGGGGAAAACAGUGGUAGCGUCGCCAAAUGAGAGCACGUAGUAUCCACGGGACACAAUCCUGUUAAAACUAGGCCUAAAUAUGUUUCCGGAAGUUCCCCACGUUUUCCUCGCGUGGCUCAGAGGGUACAUCAUUAGCCAUUUUGUUGAACAUUGGCCACAUUGCAUAUAUUACAAAUGUAGAAUAUCGCUGAAUCCCAUUACAUCAGACCCAUAAGUGGAGAUUUGUUUGAAUUUCUGUAACUAAAAUGCCAUGCACACCCUAAUUAGAAUUGAAGUGGCUUCCUAGAAAAGCAUGAUUUCAAUACUUUUUUCGUAACAAAAUUCUGAAUAUCACAAUUUUCUCCUUAAUAUCAUAAGAUUUUCUAAAUAUCUCAAAAUCUUCUAAAUAUCUUAAAAAUCUAGGCCUAGAUCAUUUAACUUGUUUAAAAAACAGCACCUACUAAAUACGAGAUCACUCGUUUUUUAUUCUUCUCUAGCAUCAUUUGGAAACUUCACGUUCGAAAUGCUCAUGUUCAAAAGUGGACACUUCAGAGAAUACUACACAGAGUAUCCCAUCGGGCCCAUCGACCUUGACGCUGAAAUAUUCUUGGAAGUUUCUUUGAGAACCAGUCACGCAGGACUUGUUCUUUUUCUUGAUGAAUGCAAGGCAACCCCAACUACUGACUAUGAUAACGAAGCAGAAUACUUCUUUAUAGAGGACGGGUAAGGCAUCUCACUUGAAGGACCAGGUCACUCCGAAAAAGACAUUAUUUGCCAGAUACAAAAAAAAGAGAUAAAAUCAUGACGUAAUUGAGUCUUAAAGGUUCAUCCAGCAUUAUAGUGAGAUUAUAGUAUCCUGGAUUUAGCAUCAUGAGUAGCCUGCGUGGCAGGCGUUUGAAAGGGAAGGGAAGGGGAGUUUGGGAAAGGGAGUUUUAGGCGCGAGAGAAACGCGAGUGGUCUCGCGCCCUAAUUCCCUUCCCCUUCCCUUUCGAACGCCUGCAACGCAGGCUACAUCAUGAGCCAACAGCUGAAGUAUUAAACUGGUAAUGACCAAAAGUUACGGAGUGCGGACGACAACGAUCGAAUGUCAAAACGCUCUUGCUCCAUCUUUAUGCUUUGAGCAAGUUUCAAGUGACAGAUAGUCAAAACACGUGUGAUCAGAUUACGAGUGAUAGAAAGUCCAAACGCACGUGACCAAAUUGCGUUCUGUGCAUUCCAUUCAUUUUUAGUGGAAGUCCAAACGAAUGCUGGCUACAUACGCGCGACGCAUGCGUAGUAACAACCAGGAGAUUAAAAUUGCGGGCCUCUCUGGUCGCCCGCAAUAAUGACAAGUUGCAGUACCCAUGCAACUCUGGCACUGUCAAUAUUCGUUAAUAUUGUUGUUGACAAUUUGCAGAUGUUUAAGGGACAACACUGUCAAUUACAACUACACCUUAUCGUCUGUGCAGCGCUUCUCUCUUAAGACGUUCAAUUUCCGUCUUUUAAAGUCCGAUGAAGUGUACCUCCAUUGUCAGGUUACAGCCUGCCUACGAUCAGAUUUAUCAUCGCGAUGCGCGCAAGGGUGUCCAUAUGGUAGAAGGAGAAAGCGGAACACAGAAAAGGAAUUGGAACAGUAUCUGGGGAUUGGACCCAUCAUUGUUUCUACCAAGGAUUCUGAUGUGCAUGAUAAAACAGGUACUUUUAAUUCGGGUGGGACCUGAGGCCUAAUCCGGGUCGUAAAAAUUCCUCUUCCUUGUUUGACACGAUACAUGAUCUUACAUGAUCUAAGUCCUCUACUCGCGCGGUCAAACCUUUCUAGAGGCGCUUUCAUUUUGUAAUCACUUCAUCUUAGUCGAUUGUUAAGCUUACUGGCUUAUGCUAUCGUCUGCGUAGGAAUGCUAUCCCUGCGUAAGAAUGAAUAAAUGUAAGGUCAUUUCUAUUGUCCUCGUACGUGUAGUACCGCGUAACCUUCGGAGCCGAAGGGACUGGGUUCGAUACCUGCUAUCUCCCAUUUUUUAAACUCUGUUUUAUAAGGCGUUGUUAUGAUAAGGAGGAAUUUGAUACUGAUUGUUCUUAUGGCUGUUUAAAAAGGUUCAAUAGGAUAGUACAGGAAACUUGCUCUGUUCUGACUUAUGAUAAUUCUCUAUCCAUUCGUCAUUGCUUUAUGUUCUUUAUGUGUUGACUGAGUGAAAAAACCACAAUGUGGGAAAAUGCAAACUUUUACUAUGUAAACAUUCAGUUAAAAUGUCAACAGUUUGCGUAAUUUCAAAACAACUGGCAUUUUUAUUAUUUCAUCUUAUGAUAACUUCGUUACGCAUACAACAAAACUCUAAACAAUUUCACAUAACGUCAGCCUUAUCAUUUCAGUUCUCCGCAGCCUCUAAGAAAACUAGGGCGCUGCACUUUAAUACAAGCAGAGUUCGUAAAAGAUCAUUAGUUACUGGAGGUCUAAAGCGGUUUAAAAGGGACACUACCGUUUGGUUCGUGCGUUGCUCAGAGGGUACGUCAUCAGCCAUUUUGUUGAACAUUGGCCACAUUGCAUUUAUUACCAUGGAGAAUAUUGCUGAAUCCGAUUACAAUGGGCCCAUAUGUGGAGAUUUGUUUGAAUUUCUGUCACUGAAAUGCCAUGCACGCCCUAAUUAGCACUGAGGUAGCUUCCGAGAAAAAAAAAACAUGAUUUCAAUACUUUUUUCGUAACUGAAAAUUCUAAAUAUCGCAAUUUUUUCCUUAAACUCAUGAGAUUUUCUAAAUAUCUCAAAAUCUUCUAAAUAUUUUUAAAAAUAGCCGGAUAUUUGUAUCUAGGCCCAGAUGAUUUAACUUGUUUAAAAAACAGCACUUACUUAAAACGAGAUGACUCGUUUUUUAUUCUUCUCUAGUAUCAUUUGGAAACUUCACCUUCGAAAUGCUCAUGUUCAAAAGUGGACACUUCAGAGAAUACUACACAGAGUAUCCCAUCGGGCCCAUCGCCCUUGACGCUGAAAUAUUCCUGGAAGUGUCUUUGAGAACCAGUCACGCAGGACUUGUUCUUUUUCUUGAUGAAUGCAAGGCAACCCCAACUACUGACUAUGAUAACGAAGCAGAAUACUUCUUUAUAGAGGACGGGUAAGGCAUCUUACUUGAAGGACGAGGUCACCCCGAAAAUGACAUUAAUUGCCAGAUAAAAAAGAUCAAACCAUGACGUAAUUGAGCCUUUAAGGUUAUCUGGCAUCAUAACGAGAUUAUAUUCCCCUCCGCUUAGCAUCGUAAGCUACUAGCUGGAACAUGCUCAUCCGCCUGGCUCUCCUAUUCGGGAUGUCAUUCCGUGUAUACAACCUCGUUCCCAUGUUAAAAUGCGGCAGAAAAAGGUAUGGGGAGGGGACUGUCCCCCUCGGCCCCACCAAUGAAUCCGUCCAUGGUAUUGAAGCAUUAAACUAGUAAUAACCAAAAGUUACGGAGUGCGGGCGACAACGAUCGAAGGUCAAAACGCUUUUGCUCCACGUUAUGCUUUGCGCAAGUUUCACGUGACAAAUAGUCAGAACACGCGAGAUCAGAUUACGAGUGAUAAAAAGUCCAAACGCGCGUGAUCAAAUUGCGUCCUGUGCAUUCCAUUCAUUCUUAGUGGAAGUCCAAACGAAUGCUGGCUACAUACAUGCGACGCAUGCGUAAUAACAACCUGUAGUUUAGGAUUGCGGGCUCCUCUUGGUUCCCGCAAUAAUGCUAAAUUGCAGUACCCAUGCAACUCUGGCACUGUCAAUGUUCGCUAAUAUUAUUGUUGUUGACAAUUUUUCAGAUGUUUAAAGGACAACACUGUCGAUUACAACUACACCUUAUCGUCUGUGCAGCGCUUCUCUCUUAAGACGUUCAAUUUCCGUCUUUUAAAGUCAGAUGAGGUGUACCUCCAUUGUCAGGUUACAGCCUGCCAGCGAUCAGAUUUAUCAUCGCGAUGCGCGCAAGGGUGUCCAUAUGGUAGAAGGAGAAAGCGGAACAAAGAAAACGAAAUAAAGCAGUAUCUGGCGAUUGGACCCAUCAUUGUUUCUACCAGGCAGUCCGAUGGGCAUGAGAAAACAGGUACUUCUAAUUCGGGCGGGACCUGGGUCCCAAUCAAGGUCGUAAAAAUUUCUUUUCCUUUUUUGACACGUUACACGAUCUUACAUGAUCUAAGUCCUCUACUCUCGCGCCGAUUAAACUUUUCUAGACGCGCUUUUCUUUUGUAAUCACUUCGUCUUAGUCGAUUUUUGAGCUUACUGGCUUAUAGCCAGUAACGCUCGUAUGCUAUCGUCUGAGUAAGAAUGAAUGAAAGGUCAUUUCUAUUGUUCUCGUUCGGAGCUGACGGGACUGGGUUCAAUACCUGCUGUCUUUCAUUUUUCUACUCUGCUUUAUAAAACGUUGUUAUAACAAGGCAGAAUUUGAUACUGAUUGUUCUAAGGGCUUGCUAAAAAGGUUAAAUAGGAUACUAUGCUCUGAUAUUUUAAAAACGUAAGGCGAUUGCGAUCGUGGGGAAAUUUGCAUCAACCAAUCAGAAGCACUACCCAGAUCUGGGUAGUGACACGUCAUCAGUAUGGAAUUUCUGCGCUCGUUUCUCAGACGUCAUUUCGCGGUGAAACCAGUGAUGGCGCCGCGAAAUGUAAGUUUACAAGUCAGAAUUUCUUCAAGUUCAUAAUUCUGUUAGUAUACUCAGUUAACGUCCUUUGCCUUACUCUUUCCACACAGUGCCAAGCAAGUCUAAAGAGGAAACCUUCCCUUUUGGUCUGCUUGCAGGGGGGCUUGCGUUCCUCACAAUAAUUCUGCUCACCGCCAUUGUGGUCAUUCUAUGCAAGCGCCGCGAAACGCUGAAGCCCAAUGGCGCCGUUGCAACCAUUCUUUUGCGUGAUUAUGAGUCUGGCGACGGCUGAAAGAUACUUCGCUUGGUUUCUUUUUUGGUGAAUUUGUUACUGAGUUACGUUGGAAAACGCUAGACUUUAGCACUUUCAGAGUUGCUCUUACAGCGUUUAGCUGGAGUGAAUAGUUCAAAACGGAAAUUUCACCCGAAUAUGAAGUUCUAUGUUGUUUCCACGAAGAGUACAAACAAGAUUACGAUUUCACCGACAAAUUCCAAGUAAGGUAUGCGAGUAAUAAGCCUGUGUCUCGCCGAGAUUGUGAGCUGCCCCCAGCCAGUUAUCCCGAGAGUGGGAAAUACCAGGAAGAGUGCAUCACUCGCUUCUUCUUUACAUUUCCGAGAGUUAAAUUAGAAUUAGAAACCAUGCAAGAGCUUUUUGUUAUAUACAUGUCAUAUAUAUAUCUAAUUUUGUUAUGCUGUAUAGAUCAAUUCCACAAAAUUUUGGAUCCCAGAAAGCUUAUUAUGCUGAAAUUAUUAAUGUAACAAUUUACUCAGUAAAGCAGAGGAGCGGUGUUUAACCAAUCGUGGCCUGUUUCUGAUUAUUUAACAUUAUUAGAACUCAUUUUGUCAAAAUUGUUUGCUUGGUUUGAGCUACCUUCACACGGUACCGCAAGAAAUUUUCGACCAGGUAUUUCGUUCAUACGGAACCUCCCAUUAAUCUCGCUCUGUUCACGCGUAACGGACGGAAAAGAUUAAACUUUCACAUUUUUUACUGGUCUUACUAUAUGCGCAGAGCGCUACUGAAGCAAAUCCAAAAUGGCGUCUUCUAGCUGAGUUAAGCUUUUGGUCAGAUUGGAAUUCGAGUCUGACUUUCUACUAUUUAUCUUAGAUCAACAAAAUCGUCUUAACGGACGGACAAAAUCACAGACAGACGGCUUGUACGUCCAACAUUUUGUUCGACCAGUUUUCACACUAGACAACACGUCAUUCAACACGAUUUGCCCGCCUUCUUGAGUGAAAACAGCCAAUAUAAGUUGGAUUUUAAUAAUUCUCACAUUACAUAGACAAAAUAUGAUUUAAUGGCACAUUCUAGUUCAAACCCAUUCUCUCUUGUUCAAGCCAUGCUAGAAUUGAGGAUUAAUUAUUAAUGAAAGCUAGAAAGAUGUCGUAUACACAAAUUGUGUAGAAAUCAGUGUAAAUAAAUAAAUAAAUCUACUUCUGG